GCGCCGGCGCAGUGCGGUGGUCACUGGCUGCUGUGGCACGUUCCUUACGUCCCUUAGCGUUGGCCCGAGAGAAGGAAAGAUGGUGCUGGAUCUGGAUUUGUUUCGGGUAGAUAAAGGAGGGGACCCAGCCCUCAUUCGAGAGACGCAGGAGAAGCGCUUCAAGGACCCGGGACUAGUAGAUCAGCUGGUGAAGGCAGACGGCGAGUGGCGACGAUGCAGAUUUCGGGCAGACAACUUGAACAAGCUGAAGAACCUGUGCAGCAAGACAAUUGGAGAGAAAAUGAAGAAGAAAGAGCCAGUGGGAGAUGAGUCCGUUCCAGAGGAUGUGUUAAAUCUCGAUGACCUCACUGCAGACACUUUAGCUGCCUGGCCUGUUCAUCUACAGAACCUGAAGGUCUCACAAAUCAAAAAAGUCCGACUCCUCAUCGAUGAGGCCAUCCUAAAAUGUGAUGCCGAGAGGAUAAAGCUGGAAGCAGAGCGGUUUGAGAACCUCCGAGAGAUCGGGAACCUUCUGCAUCCAUCUGUGCCCAUCAGCAAUGAUGAGGAUGCCGACAACAAAGUAGAGAGGAUCUGGGGCGAUUGUACAGUCAGGAAGAAGUAUUCUCACGUGGACCUGGUGGUGAUGGUAGAUGGCUUUGAGGGCGAAAAGGGGGCCGUGGUGGCUGGAAGUCGAGGCUACUUCCUGAAGGGUGUCCUGGUAUUCCUGGAACAGGCACUCAUCCAGUAUGCCCUUCGCACCUUGGGGAGUCGGGGCUACACCCCCAUUUAUACCCCCUUUUUCAUGAGGAAGGAGGUCAUGCAGGAAGUGGCGCAGCUCAGCCAGUUUGAUGAAGAACUUUAUAAGGUGAUUGGCAAAGGCAGUGAAAAGUCUGAUGACAACUCCUAUGAUGAGAAAUACCUGAUUGCCACCUCAGAGCAGCCCAUUGCUGCCCUGCACCGGGACGAGUGGCUGCGGCCGGAGGAUCUGCCCAUCAAGUAUGCCGGCCUGUCCACCUGCUUUCGCCAGGAGGUGGGCUCCCACGGCCGAGACACCCGCGGCAUCUUUCGAGUCCAUCAGUUUGAGAAGAUUGAACAGUUUGUCUACUCAUCACCACACGACAACAAGUCAUGGGAGAUGUUUGAGGAGAUGAUUACUACUGCAGAAGACUUCUACCAGUCUUUGGGGAUCCCUUACCACAUUGUGAAUAUUGUCUCAGGUUCUUUGAAUCAUGCUGCCAGUAAGAAGCUUGACCUGGAGGCCUGGUUUCCAGGCUCGGGAGCCUUCCGUGAGUUAGUCUCCUGUUCUAACUGCACAGACUAUCAGGCUCGCCGGCUCCGAAUCCGAUAUGGGCAAACCAAGAAGAUGAUGGACAAGGUGGAGUUUGUCCAUAUGCUCAACGCUACGAUGUGCGCCACCACUCGUACCAUCUGCGCCAUCCUGGAGAACUACCAGACGGAGAAGGGCAUCGUCGUGCCUGAGAAAUUGAAGGAGUUCAUGCCGCCGGGUCUCCAAGAACUGAUCCCCUUUGUGAAGCCUGCACCCAUUGACCAGGAGCCAUCAAAGAAGCAGAAGAAGCAGCAUGAGGGCAGCAAAAAGAAAGGGGCAGCCAGAGAUGUCCCUCUGGAAAGCCGGCUGCAGAACAUGGAGGUCACCGAUUCCUGAACAUUCCUUCCUCCCAGUUUGUCGGGCUUUCGUUUCUGUCAGCUGGGUUCUCAGAGCCUGCCCACGGGCAGGGAAGCCAAGCACCCACUCAUCACCCGCCCCAUCUGACUGCAAUGCUAAAAGGGGAACAGUCUGCCAUGUACAGCGCGACGUUCCCGUCUCCUUGCAUGGGCAUAGGAUCCAUUCACUGACGACUGAUGAAAUCAUGUAAUAAAGCAUCUCUGGAGGAAGGCCAGGACUCUUCCACGGUCUUCUGCCCAGGGCUCAAAUCCUG